ACAUGCACUAAUCUGUGCUCAUGGGUUGGAAAGCGCACAGUCUGCCGGUAGUGCCAGCACUUCUCUUCACUGUCCCCCAGCGAGGAUUGUCUGUGUUGUGCUUUUGGACUAUUCUGAUGGCGUUUUUUAAGGUGAAAGGGAUUCCCACUACUGGGGAAAUUCCAAAAGUGUGUCCUGGCAUAGAGUGAAGAGAAGAGGAGGAGGAGGAGGGAAGUCAGCAGCAGUUUUUCACCCCAUCCUUGCCUCUGCAGGCGUCUGUUCUGCGGGAGAAUGGGGGCAGGAGCUCUGACCAUCUGUCACAACAAGACAGCAGUGCAGGUCAAAGAAGACAUGAAGAAGAUGGUCCAGAUACCCAUACUGAGAACCAGGAUGGUGGCAGCAAAGCAAACCAAGCUGUUUGGAGCGUCCCUGCUUGAGCUUCAAGAGACGGGCCUGGUGGAGGAUGGUGUGCCCCUGGUGGUGCGGAGGAUGGUCGAGCAUCUCGGCAAGCAUGGCCUACGUCAGGAAGGUCUGUUCAGAGUAAACGGGAACGUCCGAGCCGUGGAGACCCUGAAACAGCGGCUGGAGUGUGGAGAGGAAGUUGACCUUCUCUCGGAAUCCAACAUAUGUACGGUGGCCAGUUUGCUCAAGCAGUAUCUCAGGGACCUGCCCGAGGGUCUGGUCAACUCAACGGUCCAACAGGCGCUGAUACAGCACUACCAAGAGUGCGGUGAUGAUGGCUCCUGGUCAGAUAUGAGAGACCUACUCCAGCUGCUUCCAGAUGUCCACCACAGCCUCCUCCGCUACCUCUGCCACUUCCUCACCCUAGUGGAGUGCCACCACAAAGACAACCGCAUGACUGCCCUUAACCUCGCCACUGUAUUUGGACCCAGUGUCUUCCACGUGGCUCCUAGUUUCGAAGCAAUGAAGGACCAAAAUAUCUUGAACAAGAUCAUGGUCAAGCUCAUCCAGAACUACUGCAAUAUAUUUGAGACUGACAAAGAAAAAGAAGGCUGCACAGAAGAACUACCAACCCUUAUCAUUGUCAAGGAGGUGCGCAUGACGGAUAGAGACACAAAGACGUCACUCAGCCACCUCGAUGCAAAGACACCGACACCAGUUCCCAGGACGAAAGUUGGACAAACAGACCUACUAGAAAAUGCAGGACUUCCAAGCAAAUCCUCCACUUACACUGCAAAGGCAAGAACAAGGAGGAAGAAGGUGAAGAAAGGGAAAAGUGACGGCAUGCCUGAAGCCGUCACUUUUCCUCUGCCCAGCCGCUCUGCUCAGCCGCCCCAUGCGAGGUCCCACUCCAUAUCGAUAGUUUUGCCCCUUACCUCUGAGCUGAGGAGUCAGAGUCCAGAGGCGAUGGACACAGCUCCCGUACCCCUGGCUCGCCGUGGCGCCCCAGACGCUGCCUCGCACCCCAGCCAUCUCGGUGUCAGCCCCUCUGGUAGCAUGGAGGCCCUCAGUAGUUCCCAAGAAGAAGAGAGGUCAAUAUCUCCUUUCUUCAUGAGUAACCACCUCUCCCCUGUACACUGCAGACCAGAUGUGGUGAAUUUCCUGGACAGGACGAUACGUUCAGCGGUGGAGCAGCACCUCUUUGAAGUGAACCCUUUACAGGAUCAAAGUUCAGAGGAGUGUGAGUUGACCCCUCGUCCGCCGUCUCCAAAGGUGACGCCGACUGCGCGACAGAGACGUCGACGCCAGAGAGAGCAGCGGCAGGAGGAGAGCCCGAGGCAAAGGGAACGAAACAGAGCUGCGUCCAUCACGGCAGACACCAACAAGGAGAACAUCCCGUCGAGCGGUGGAAGCAGCUCCGGCAGCGUGGGCGAGGACACGGGCGGCGGCAGAAGCGUGGACUCACAGGGAGGCCAGACGGGUCACACGGAGCAAACCCCCGAACCCAGGAAAUCAAAACACAGUCCCACGCUGGUGCAGCUCACCGACAACCGGGAUGCACGCACAGUAAAGGAGUGUGUUGACGAGAGACCUGGAGCGAAGCACAUGGAGACGUUUGAGAAAAGGAAUGGCAUUUCAAGAAAAGAUGGUCUUCCUUCUUCUCCACUGACGUUGAGGAUGAAGAUCCAGGAGUCGCCUGUCACCUGUGACACGGGGAGGGUCAGUGGCGGAGAGGUGCGAGACUCGGACUGCGAGAGGACGAGCUGCGAGGAUGUUCCUCGGCUGGACCUGACCACGCUGACCGAGGACGACAACUGGGGAGGUUCUUCAUUUUUUAACGCCCCCUUCCUUGAUUUCAAAAGCAUUUUCCAUCCAAGCUUUUGUGAUGAACCAGUCCCAGCGUACUCGUCUCUGCAGAGGGAGAGUAUGGACCGCGAGGAGGCUCGACUCUCCCCUCACGCCGGGGGACGACUGAUCCAGCAGCUGCUGGAGGAAGACAGCGACCCGAUGCUGUCCCCUCGAUUCUACGCCUACGGACAUUGCCAGCAGUACCUGGACGACACCGAAGUGCCUCCCUCACCGCCAAACGCGCACUCGUUUGUCAGUCGCAGGCGGAGUUCGUCUCUCGGCUCCUGUGACGAUGAGAAAGAGGAGCUGACGACGGCUCAGCUCACCAAGAGGAUUCACAUCCUGAAGAAGAAGAUCCACAGAUACGAGGAGAGGUUCGAAGAGGAGCGGAAAUACAGGCCUUCCCACAGUGACAAAGCUGCAAACCCAGAAGUGCUGAGGUGGGUCAACGACCUGGCCAAACAUCGCAAAGAGCUCAAAGAACACAAGCUGAUGAAGUCCGAAGAGGAUCUGCCGCCCCUGACGCGUCAGCGCAGCAACACGCUGCCCAGAAGCUUCGGCUCGCAGCUGGAGAAGAAACCUCAGCAGGAGAAAGUGCCGAAGCCGCCGGUGGAGACCACGCUGGAAACGAUUCUAAAGAAGCUGCAGGAGAAGAGGGAGGAGGUGAACCGCCCCGAGGACAUCAAGGAUAUGACACGGGAGCAGAUCGGAGGAGAGAAGGUCGCCCUGCAGAAAGCUCUCCUCUACUACGAGAGCAUUCACGGCCGACCAGUCACCAAAAGCGAGAGGCAAAUCAUGAAGCCCCUCUACGACAGAUAUCGCCUGGUCAAGCAGAUCCUGUGCAGAGCCUCCACCAUCCCGGUCAUUGGCUCUCCCUCCAGCAAGCGCAGAGGGCCGCUCCUUCAGCCCAUUAUCGAGGGCGAAACCGCACUCUUCUUCGACGAUAUCAAGGAGGAAGAGGACGGCUCCGAGGACGACGGAGACUCAAAGACUCAGUUCACCGUGACCGUCCGGCCCGACGUCAGCGCUCAGCUCGGCUUCCUGGACCACAUGGACGAGGAGGCGGACGGUUUCAUUUCACCGGUGGAUGAACUGUCUCCGUCCAAAGGCACGACGGACAUGAGGCUGUCCAACCUACACUCCGCCACCACGGAGGAACUUGUGGAACAGCUCCAGGAGACCAGGGAGGAGAAGAAGAGAAUCCGCAAAAACCUGAAAGAGUUUGAGGACCAGUUCUUUAGACAAAACGGAAGAAAUGUGCAGAAGGAGGACCGCUCCCCGUUGGCAGCGGAGUACAACGAAUACAAGCACGUUAAAGCCAAACUGCGGCUGCUGGAAGUGCUCAUCAGCAAAAGAGACUCGACUAAGUUAAUGUGAGGAAGAAGAAGAAGAGAAGAGACUCUAAAAGGAUUGUUGCUUAGUCAUACACAUCUCACCCUGCAGGAGAAUAAGAUCUGGUUUCCCUGUUUCCGUCGCCAUGUGUGCUGCUCAUGUUUCGGGCUCGGGGAAGCAGCGUGUUAGUCCGAUCUGUCGAGCGCAGCCGGGUCUUCCUCUGACGCCCGCAGAGAGCCGGCGACCCCACGACCCACGACUGCUUCACCUGAGAAGUCACGUUCCAACCGAACCUCCUCACCCUGACGAGAGACUGGACGCCAGGGGCACAAAAAUGACCCAGAAUCACACUUGACACUGCUCAUAAUUUAUUUCUAUUCUUUUGAAAAGUUUCUAUCAGAACAAAAGUUAUUUUUUUCCGCACGCUUUUACUGUAGAAAGUCUUAAAGCAACAACAACCUUGUUAGUAAAAGAGUAAAUAUGAACGCACUGCUAUUUUUUAAAAGAAGGAUUUCUGCGAUCGAGAUUUGUGUAUUUUUUUAAGGGAGACGUUAAUAUUUGUAGAACUUCAAAUCAGCUGAACCGCAUUCACUAAACCGAUAAGUUUUCUCUAUUUCAGUUCUGACCAUUAUGUAAUGUCUGAAAUAAUCUUAUGUUGCCUCUCUGGAGGUCAAAUUGAGUAUUUGCUCACUAAAAAGAAGUGUUUUUUUUAUUUUAAUACAACCCAGAGAACCAAAAAUGGUUCAAAUGUUCAUCAUAUUCGGUAUAACCAGCGUAUUUGUUGUGAUCACUGCUACAGAAGUGUAUAUUUCUGUAUGGUUCUUUUUCCGCCCAUUUACUUCAUGUCAAAUAAGCUAUUUCUCUUGAAAUCACUGGUAUGUUUAUGCUCUCGCUGAUCGGAGCCGACGAGGCCGUUUGUUAGACGAGUCUGGAGGACAGAAAGUAAAUGGUCGCUCCCAGCGGCCUGUGUUUCCUUCUCGUCCCCUCCAGAGAUCAUAUCCUUCUUUUGUAAAUAUGGAUCACUGUGUAUGUUUACAUUUCUGUGAGCGAGUACUUCUUUCCCUCUCUUUCUCCAAAAUGGAUGAUUAAUUGGUGUGAAUUUGGUUUUUACUGAAUUCAAACACUGGCAAGGCUUAAUGAGUUUUGAGUGUGUACAUUUUAGUACAUAAAUUGUAUUUGUAUUUUGUACAUAUUAUGAAUGAAAUCAUAUUUUUACUGAA